AGGUGGAGGAGGAGCUGGGAGAGGAGGAAGAGGAGCAGGCGGAGGCAGAAAACGGAACUUCACCGGGCUGAUUUUACCGGGUUUUGCUGAGAUCGUUUUGCGGACCGCUGCAUCUGGCGCACAUAGGGAGCGAACUGCACCAGAAACCUUCCUUGACUUGAACAUUACUGCUGCACCGAGUGCAAACAGAGAACAUUACCUGCGUUCAUUUCUCCCUCGUUUAAGUGAAUUAGCGCCGCACAGAGACUUUUGACGCUGUUUUUGACGGAGCCGGGGGGGGCGGAAUAUGUGAAAUCGCCGCAGUGAAAACUAAAAAAAACCCAUUUUGAUCUAAACUCCGGGAGUGCCAGCGGAUUCUUUGGGACGGGUUCAGUUGGAGUUUUCCGGUACACCGGUUAUAAAUGAACGCAAACAUGUACGCUGGGAGGAAGCGCAGGAAACCGGCGCUAAGGGGAGUUAAACCCACUCCUGCUGAGGGCACCAAGACCAACCCAUCCAAACGUCACCGCGACCGACUGAACUCAGAACUGGACCGGCUCGCCAGUCUGCUGCCCUUCGCCGAGGACGUCACCUCCAGCCUGGACAAGCUGUCCAUCCUGAGGCUCAGCGUCAGCUACCUGCGGACCAAGAGCUUCUUCUCAGUGGCGUUAAAAAACCAACCCCCCAACGGCAUCAACAAGAGCAGCGAUGAAAACAAGAGCAGCAGUGACACUUCGCGACCUGCAGACGGCAGCAUAUCAGAGGGCGAGCUGCUGCUUCAGGCUCUGAACGGCUUCGUCUUGGUGGUGACGGCUGAAGGAAGCAUAUUCUUCUGCUCUCACACCAUCCAGGAUUACCUCGGCUUCCAUCAGACUGAUGUGAUGCACCAGAGUGUGUUUGAGCUGAUUCACACUGAAGACCAGCAGGAGUUCAAGAAGAACCUGCACUGGGCCCUGAACCCCCCAGCCAGCCUGGAGCCCACCACUGAUCCUGCAGGUGUAGAGGUGACUUCUUCUUGUCCGGUGAGCUACAACCCUGACCAGCUUCCACCUGAAAACUCUUCCUUCCUGGAGCGAGCAUUCGUCUGCCGCUUCCGCUGCCUGCUGGAUAACUCUUCCGGCUUCCUGCCACUGAGCAUCCAGGGCAGACAGAAGUUCCUCCACGGUCAGAGCCGGCAGCAGAGUGGAAGCAGCAGCCCACCUCAUCUCGCCCUGUUUGCCGUGGCGACACCGCUGCAGCCUCCAGCCAUCCUGGAGAUCCGGACCAAGAACAUGAUCUUCAGGACCAAACACAAACUUGACUUUACGCCUAUGGCCUGCGACGCAAAGGGGAAAAUAGUUCUGGGCUACACCGAGGCUGAGCUAAGAGUGCGAGGGUCGGGCUACCAGUUCAUCCACGCUGCUGACAUGCUGUACUGCGCUGAAAAUCACAUUAGAAUGAUUAAGACGGGCGAGAGCGGGCUGACCGUCUUCAGGCUGCUCACCAAAGACAACCGAUGGAAGUGGGUCCAGGCCAACGCCCGACUCGUCUACAAGAAUGGGAAGCCAGACUACAUCAUUGCCACCCAGAGGCCUUUGGUGGAGGAGGAAGGAGGAGAACACCUGAGGAAGAGAUCGAUGCACCUUCCCUUCACCUUUGCCACCGGAGAGGCUCUCCUAUACCAGACUGGCCACCCGCUGCACGGCUUCCCUGAUUCCUCUAAUGGCAAAGCCAGAGGCAGCAAGUCAAAAAAGGGCAAAGUGGAGAAGAGCUCCUCAGAUGAACUGAAGCCAAACUCUCUGCUGGGGGCGCUGAUGAGUCAGGAUGAAUCUGUGUACGUCUGCCAGCCAGAUACAGACUCCCGGAUGUGCUACCACGGCAACAGGCCUGGUGAGCUUGAUGUCUUGUUGAGCAGUACCAACUGGAAUAUUGUCUCCAACCGGGAGGUGGAGACGUGUAACGGGGAUGGUUUUGAUCCUCUUCUGUCGACAUUGGACUCUCUGUCAUUGGAUGAAGGGGAAAGCUGCUCCAACAGUGAGCUUUUCAGUGCUCUGGAGAGUCUGGGCCUAAACGCCGACGACCUGGAACUGCUGCUGCUGGAUGAGCGGAUGAUGCAGGUGGAGCUGGAUCCCAACCAUGUUCCUACUCUGAGCGACCUUCUCACCAAUAACGAGAUCCUCACUUACGUCCAUGACACGCUACAGAGUGAGACAGAGAACGGAGUCCCAUCUUCAGACCCCAGCUCCAUCCCCCAGCAUCCAUCUUUGACGCCUUCAGCCCCUCUGGACCCCCCCACCUUCAGGCACCCCAUCGUCCAGCUGUCGCAGCAGAUGCACCAGCACAUCCAGUCUGCCUCGCAUCCCGAAGUGUUCCGAGCCAACAAUCCAACAGGUUUAUCUGACAGCCUCUGGGUGGACCACCAUCAUCAGACUCCACUGAGAGGUCCACAGCUGGACGGUGAGCAUCUAAACCCACAUCUGGAGUCACAGUGGCAGCUGCAGAUAGACACAGAGAGCACAACUUUAUCAGGCUUCCAGAACGGAUCUUACAUUCCAAACCAGAUCACAACGUUCCCCUUGAACCUGGAGGUUAACCUCCCAGAUUAUAGCACCCCCAGCCCUUCAGAUGAAUGCACCACACUGCUAAAUGGCGGGACAGCAACGGAGGUCAGUCAGCAUCAGAGUGUGGUGACCACAGCGUCGCCCACACAUCUGGGUGGGCAGAAACAGAUCUCAGUGUCCUGUUUGUCCCAUGGAACGCCGCAGUUGGAGCAGCUUGUUUCUCUACCGCAGUCACGGCACAGCCUGCUCACCCUCGGCUACAGCAUGUUCAGUCCUGCAGCAGACGGAAAGGUGGAGAAUGGCUGCCUCCUCAGUUCCACCAACAGAGGGUACGUCAGGACGUGUAUAAUUCCUGGAAGGAGCGGCGUGGACGCGAGUGACAUCACUGUGUCUUGCCCUGACAGUGUCUCCAACUUGCAGGACCCCCAGAAAUCUGAAUUCUUCCCCUGACUGGAUGAAGCAGAGCAGAGGUGGGACAGAUGGGAAUGAUCAAGAAGUUUGGAUCAUUCUUCACAACGAUUGUUCUGAUGUCUCAUCUCAACCUAACACUGCUAUGGUUCGGAGAAAAACAUCAUCAAGCAGAGGACCCUUUUCACUGAAACAGUUCAGUUCCUCAGUGUUCAGAGAAGCGUCCUGCUCACUGGAACAAGAUUGGAUGAAUUUCCUGAAUGAAGAGACAUCUUCAUUCAGAUCCCUUCCACUCAGAGGAGCUGCUGAGAAGGUUUGAUGUUCUCUCUCCUCAUUACUGCUGCUUCUAUUCCACCUUUUAAGAUUAAUGUCCUCUUAUGCAAACAGAUGUUGGUUUAAUAUCAGCGUGGUCUGAAAUAAUCUGCAAGGCUCAGACUCGAAGAGCGUUUAAAUCUUCUAAACAAGAAGCUUUAGUUAAGAGUUUAGUGUCGUCACGUGGUGCAAACACGGACCGGAGAUAAACUGUAGCAUCUUUAUAGUCUAUCAGAAGAUAUUUGACAGAAACUAGGCCACAGAUGGAGAUUUUAAAACAAUUUGCAGUAUUUUAAUUAAGAGUUUAUCUAACAGGAGAGAAAUAUUCUGUAUUUUCCUGUAUGUUCACUGCUGUUAGAUUCCUCUUGGACCAGAAACACCAACAGGUUUGGAAGAUUAGGGGUGAGGUUGGGUGGUUUACAUGAGCGCACAGAAAUCUAGAAAAUAACAUUUCCUUCUUCUUGUUGAAGUUAUUAAAAAGAGAUUUAAGCAGAAGAAAAAUGAGAGCACUGAAAACCUGAUGCUGCGUUUUGAGGUUCAUGGUGGUUCUGUCCGUUAGGGACACAGUCAUAGAGGGCCGGAUUUGUACGAGAAAAGUCGAAAAGCAUUUUUUUUAUUUUCUGACUGGAGGUGGUGGAAGGAGCUCCAGUUAAUGCCUUGUCUUGGAAACAAACUCUCGCCGAGUGGGAAAAACUAAACGCACUCACCGCCUCGGCAGAUAUGAUGACCUAACUGUAGAUACGUUUGUUUUCAUUUAACGAGUUUUGGAUCUAUAACAGAGAGCACUUAAACCACUGACCUAAUCAGCAGGUUCUGUUCAGUCAUGGCAACAAAGUAAUUACACCCGCUUUUAAUUUUAGAGUACCUUGCAUUUGUUUCGCUUCAGCCAUUCUGUUGUACAUUAGCAGCUGUUUUUGGGUUCAUUGUUCUAUUGAUGACCCUGUUUGGUCCAACCUUCAGCCUGCAUUUGUCUUUAGAGUCCUUUGGUGUACAGAGGAGUUCACGGUCAUCUGAAAGGUGCCCAGGUCCAAUGGCCGCAACGCAAGUCCUGAUCAACACUCUUCUACCACAGUGCUUGAUAGUUGGUGGGAGGUAUUUUUGCUGAUAUCCAGUGUUGCGUUUUCUGGUUGAGCUGUACAUUAUGACCAAACAUUUCUACUUUCUUAUCUGUUCCAAUUACAAAUUUGGAAAAGUCUUGUGGUUCAUUCAGAUACAACUCUGCAAUCCGCGGUCAUGCUGCAAUGUUGUUUUUAGAGAGUAGAGGUUUUCUCCUACAAUCCUUCCAAACAAUCAUACUUGUUAAGUCUUUUCAUAAUUGUCUUCUCGUUACCUUUAACCUGCUAACUGAGGCCUGUGGAGUCUGAGAUGGAGCUCCUGGGUUUUUUGCACAUACUCUGAGCAUUGAUUGCUCUGACUUUGGGGUGAAUUUGCUGGGACGUCCACUCCUUGGAAGAUUGGCAAAUGUCUUAAAUGUCAAAUGUCGGGCUUCAAAUAACUAUGAAAUGGUCUCAUGACCCUUCCCAGAUAGAUGGGUAGCCACUGUUGCUUCUCUAAGGUCAUUGCUGAUGUCUUACUGCCUUGGCAUGGUGUGCUCCAAAGCAGAAAACUAUCAAAACCCUGAUUUUAUAAGUUAUAGAUUGUUACUGCUACUUACUUUCUUAACUCUUGUGGAAGCUGCAAUGGGGUACUUAAUUUUUGCACAUACCACCUUUUAGGUUGGCUUGAUGUUUGUUUGUUUAAGAAAUAAUGACAGUGUGGAUCUGUUGUGUAUCUUUUGUACAGUUGAGGUUAGAUUUAAUUCAUUUUAGAUCCCACCAGGGAGCAGACAAUCGUUUAUAUCCUGAAGACAUAAAACUCCACAAUUAAAAGAGGGUGUGCUUUCUUUUUACCAUGACUGCAAAUUAGACGAAGGUGUUUACAAGUUAAAUUCUGGUGCUGUUUGUCAGCGGCUUUAGUUGGAGACUCAAACCAAACAGUAAAACAAGCUAACACCAGCAGAGCUCUAGGUCUUAUACGUUCGGAGUCUCUGAAAGGUUAAAGAGUUUGAACUUAGGUGGUUUUUGAGUUGUUUCUUAAGAUCCGAACAAAUUACCUCUUUGUGAAACACUCCCACAGCAUGAUGCUGUCAACACCAUACUUGACUACUGGGUUGUUCUUAGGUUUGAAAGUGUCACAUUGACUCUUCAAACAAACCUCUUGUCUUUGUGACCAGACAGCUCGUUGAUUUGCUUAGCAGCAAAUUACAGCAGGACUCAGGUUUCCAGUUCUUGGCAGGCUUGAGCCUUGGUGGUUCCCUGGUUGUUCCUGAGCUUCCUAACCAAUUCCCUUUGGGUGAAGCAGUCCCACAGCAUGAUGCUGUUACCACCAUACUUGACAGUUUGUACACUGUUCUUAAAUCUGCACAUAAUUUUAUCGGAGGGGGGCAGUUUGGGUCCUGCUUUAGACCUGAUUUAAGUACAAAUAUUUGAACUGGUGAUCUUAGAGUCUGGAGGUGUUCAGACAUGGCUCCAAAAGAUUGUUCUGACCAAACUGUGAUCCCCUGAAACCAGGUGUGAACAGGCUAACCCUCAGAGUUGCGCAUUCAGAAGAGCUGCUGCCAUGUUUCUUUCCUCCCACUGCGACAGACCGACCACGCUGCUCCAAAGUAACUGCAGAGACCGUGACUUGGCUGUCUCCUUUCUGACCCAAAAGCGGGUUCUUUACUCAGACGGGACAACGUUUAGCAUUUAGCACCAACUCAGAAACCAAAUGAGAAAUGUCGGGAGUCCAGUGUGGCUUGGAAGAAGGUGCUUCAGGGUAACCUGCAGCAUCAGCGGACGACAAUCAAAAGAACAACAAAAUGCAUUUACAGGUUUGCCUCGGCUGGUUUUAUACUUCUGUGACUUUUCUUAGAAAACUGAUUAUUUAAGAGCACUUAUAAGAUCAAAUGCUGUAUGAAGACAAAUUAUAAAUUAAAGCAUCAUUUUUAAAGAUGUUAGGAAACUAAAACAGUACGGUUGUGUAUGUGUGUGUUAAAUGUCUAUUAUCACUGGGCUUACAAACUCUCUCCAGCACUGAACGGACUCUUAAAGGAGGAAAAAAAGCAUUUUACGAUGUAGGAAUAUUGUUCCUGUGUUCUGUUUUUAUGUUUCGGGGAGUUAGUCACUUUAGCAGAAACAAAAAUGGUGCCAUAUGAGUAAGCUGAGGCUUGCUUAGUUCAGUGUUUCACAAAUAAAAAGGGCACAAGAGAAGCAUUUUUCUGUGUUAAAAUGUGUUUUCUGAUGUUUUUCUAAUCCACGUUGUCCACCUGUUACCCAAACUUUCCUCACACCGUUUUCGUCCGCGUUAGCUCAAUUAUUUUAUGACUGUUCUUCACUAAAGCUCAUAGUUGUUUGUAAAACUUUUGUUAAAAAAAAGAAGAAGGAAUGCAGUUUGUCUCUGAGAUGUGUGUCGAAAUGUGCUCUGAGAUGCUGGAAAUAAAGGAUUUUGUGCAAUCA